CGGCGCAUUCUCCACCUCUGGGGGAGAAUCAGCGAGCAAGGCCGAGCGGGGAGGCGGCUCGGCCUCCGCCCUGGUGUAACAUGUCUCUCGAAGACCCGUUUUUUGUCGUCCGAGGCGAGGUGCAGAAGGCGGUAAACACGGCCCGAGGGCUGUACCAGCGCUGGUGCGAGCUCCUGCAGGAGGGCGCGGCAGUCGGACGCGAGGAGCUGGACUGGACGACCAAUGAGCUGCGGAACGGCCUGCGCAGCAUCGAGUGGGACCUGGAGGACCUGGAGGAGACUAUCGGCAUCGUGGAAGCCAACCCAGGCAAGUUCAAGCUCCCAGCCGGAGACCUGCAGGAGAGAAAGGUGUUCGUGGAGAGGAUGCGGGAGGCGGUCCAGGAAAUGAAGGACCAUAUGGUCAGCCCAGCAGCCAUAGCCUUCAUGGAGAAGAAUAAUAGAGAGCUGCUGACGGGCAGGCCAGCCGCCCAGAAGUCCUCCGGUGACCUGCUGGAUGCCAGCAUGGUCUCAGCCACCUCUCGCUUCCUCGAGGAGCAGCAGGCCGCGCAGCAGCUCAUCGUGGACCAACAGGAUCAACAGCUGGAAAUGGUGUCUGGGAGCAUCCGGGUUCUGAAACACAUGUCUGGUCGCGUCGGGGAGGAGCUGGAUGAACAGGGCUUCCUACUGGACGCCUUUACCCAGGAGAUGGACCACACCCAGUCCCGGAUGGAUGGGGUUCUCAGGAAGAUGGCCACGGUAUCCCACAUGACGAGUGGUGAGUCUCUUGGGGGAGGCCCUCAGGGGUGGGGGGAGCGGGUCCCAGUGGCUCCCUGUCUCGCUGAGAUUUCUGACCCUCUCACCCCCAGACCGCCGGCAGUGGUGUGCCAUUGGGGUGCUGCUGGGGGUGCUUCUCCUGGUCCUCGUCCUGCUCUUCUCUCUCUGACCCCGGUGUCCCCAGGGGCUGGUCCCUCUAGCUGGGGGAGCUGGCAGGGCCCUGUCCCCUGGGAGGAGGGGGUUCUGUCUGGGGAGCUGUCCCCAGGCUGUUAUCCAGAGCCAGUGGGACCCUCAGGGCCCCGGGAGGAGCCCCGGCCACUGGUCCUGCCUCAAGUGCGCUUAGGGGGUGGGGACCGCAGAUGCACCCCUGCCCAUUUCUGCUUCCAGUGCCCCAAAGCCCUUUGUCUCUGUGCCUUGUACAUGUGCCAACUUGAAAAUAAAAUCCCAGCCUUUUUUGUACGUUUGUGUCAUCCAGUGUGUUGUCGACACUUGUGGCUGCCCCUGCUUGCACACACGGGGGCCCCGGGGGGGGGGGUGUGUGUGCACGUGUGUACCUUAGGGAUUUCAGUGGUUGAUAUUUGGUGCAGAAGACUAUUCCAGUUUAUUUCUUGCUUUUCAUGAUGGAUAAUUUUAUUACUGUUGAAAAUUCCAAACUCUGAUUGUUCCUUGAGCUUUUGAAGUUCAGCCUAAAAGUCUCCUGCAUGCUCUGUGCCUUUAGGGAGGUAAGUCCCUUAGCCAUGGAGCCAAGCGGUUGCUUCUGAGGCCCUGAGUAACACUGGCUCCACUGCGCACAGGGUCAUCUCUGUGCCUCUGUGACGUGUCACUCUAACAAGGCAGCAUUGGUCAGUGGAACGGCCUUGCCCUGGAACCUCUGAGCAUGAAGUGACUCCGAGGGGCCGGGAGACUCGUAGGCAUCGUGCACCUCACUGCCGACCUCGAGGCUCCCAUCGUCCACGUUCUGGAAGCAGACAUCAGAACCACACAUCUCACUGGCUCGUUUACACGUUGUCAAG